GGCCGCCGGCCGCCCUACGGUGGAGAGUGGAGACGACCAGAGAGAUCUCUGCUAUAUAAAGCCAGCCUCAUCAUAUCGUCACCACAACUAGCUCAGGCAACACACGCAGCAGCAGCCUAAACUCGAUCGAUCUCAAGUGAGCAAUAACAGUGUGUGAAUGGCAAUGGAGGCGUCGGCGGCGGACGGCGGCGUGGCGAGGCUGGCGUCGCAGCGGGCGGUGGUGAUCUUCGGGACGAGCAACUGCUGCAUGUGCCACGCGGUGAAGACGCUCUUCUCGGAGCUCGGGGUGGGGUGGGCGCUGCACGAGCUGGACACGGACCCGGGCGGCAAGGACAUGGAGAAGGCGCUGGCGCGCAUGGUGGGCCGCUCCCCGCCCGUGCCGGCGGUCUUCAUCGGCGGCAAGCUCGUCGGCCCCACCGACCAGGUCAUGGCGCUGCACCUCCGCGGCAAGCUCGUGCCGCUCCUGCGCGAGGCCGGCGCCCUCUGGCUGUGAUCCGAUCCAUCAACUCAUGUAGUAUAUAAACUGCUGUCUGCUUAAUUGCUGUACAUGCAUGCAUAUAAUCCAUGAAAGGUCAUCCACUAUUAAGAGCUAUGAUCUUCCACCUUAUUCGGUUA